GCAACAUCGAAGCGAAGCAGGGGGAAGCUACUGCUGCUGACAGCACAGCACUUGCAGGUCCUUCUCUGAGACCCAUGGUGUUUCGUGCCAGGGAUUUGCAGGUCCAGCCCCUUGAUCUGUCUCGGAUUUAGGAUUAACUCGCCUGCUGAGAGAUGGUCUUGUCUGAACUGUUUAAAGAUACUUAAAGCAGUUUUGUCCCCCGAGUGGUGAAGGACACUCUGACCAAUGGAGCCCCGGAUUCCCCACAACAUAACUGUGGUCCCAAACUCCGUCAUGGUACAGCCGUUACUGGACAGUCGGAUCCCAUAUGGGAGGCUGCAGCAUCCGCUCACCAUCCUGCCUAUUGACCAGAUGAAGAUUACUCACGUUGAGAAUGACUACACAGACAAUCCCAGCCUUGCCCAGCUGGCAGCACAGAAGCGCCCCCGAGGCCACCAUGAACCCACGCUGAUCAGCCAGCACCUGCAGAGAUGUGAGCAGGAUGUCACCCACCCCUGGAUCUCUUUCAGUGGGCGGCCCAGCUCCAUCAGCAGCAGCAGCAGCACGUCUUCUGACCAAAGGCUCUUGGAUCAUAUGGUGCCGGCUCCCGUGGUGGAUCAGUCCUCCCCGAGAGCGGUCCGGAUACAGCCCAAGGUGAUUAAUUGCAAACCCAUGGAUCUGAAGGGACCCAUGUCUCAGGAGCUUGACAAGCACUUUUUACUGUGUGAAGCCUGUGGGAAAUGCAAGUGCAAGGAGUGUGCCCUGCCGAGGACUUUGCCUUCUUGCUGGGUGUGCAACCAGGAGUGUCUCUGCUCUGCACAGAACCUGGUCAAUUACUCCACGUGCAUGUGUCUGGUGAAGGGAGUCUUCUACCACUGCACUAACGAGGAUGACGAGGGUUCCUGUGCAGACCACCCCUGCUCCUGCUCCCAUUCGAACUGCUGUGCCCGCUGGUCUUUCAUGGGUGCCCUCUCUCUGGUCCUGCCUUGCUUGCUGUGCUACUUGCCAGCCACCGGCUGCGUGAAACUAUCCCAGAGAUGCUAUGACCAAGUGAGCCGGCCUGGAUGUAGAUGUAAAAACACAAACAGUGUCAUCUGCAAGGUGGCGCUGGAUGGCAAAGCAAGCAGGCCAGAAAAGCCUUUCUGACCAUUUUGGGGGGGGGGGGUGGAGGGAGCAGGGGGAUAUGCGAAAGGUGGAAGAGACACCAAAGGGAAAGUUAUAACCUGUGUUCUGAGGAUAACAUGUGUUAGCCUUUUGCCAUCAACAGAGAAAGCCGAAGUCACUAUUUCCAUAAACUGAAGCACUUUGGUUUAUUCAGGGUUUUGGAAUUGAUUAUCUAAAGUUAAACAGAGGGGGGCCAAUGGAGGAGGAUUCUUAAUACUUUACAGAGCCCAGGCCGAAAACCAACAUAGACCACAGAGUACAGCUGCUUAAGUCUUUUCACCAUCUGGUUCAUAGUGCUGGCUGCUCGCUGUGCCUACAUCCAGCAAGAAUAAUUAACUUUUAGCUUGGCAGGCACAUCAGCAGAAGCAAUAUUCAUUUUCAUUCACAAAAUAAUAGUGGAUUCAGAGUAGGGUGGGUUUUCUUCCUUUUUCAACUCUGAUUGGUGACCAGCAGCUGUUGAAGGUAAAGGGUUAACCUUUUUCUCUCCACUUGACUAUUAAAAGCGCCAGUUGAGUACAAAGUAAAUGUUUUCCCAAAGCGUUUUCCUUCCCCCUUCCAGAACAGAUUUUGAAGCAGAAAUAACUUUUUUUUCAAAUCACUUUCUAUAACUGUCAUUGCUAUUUAGAUAUAUUUCUAUUCCUACCCCACCCGUCAUGUUCCCCUUUUGAUGCCGAUUUUAUUUUCUGACACAGGUAGUGAUGGAAUCUCUCUCCCCCUCACCUCGCCUCAAGAAGAGGACUAUGGGCAUAAUGUGUUCUUCCCGACUCCCCUCUCCCCCCAUGUCAAUUUCUUUUAAAAUUUUACUUUGUCACUUUGCUAGUGAGCCUAAGUCUGUAGCCUCAGAUGUCACAUUUAGUAGAUUUUAAAAAUGUAUUAUUACAUCAAUAGUAAAACUUUUUCCAAGGGGCUUUGAAUGAAUGUGACUUCUGUAGUGUUAUUUCUUGCUCAGCAAAUGCUGAUGUAGAAGUCCCACUAAGCUGAGAAAUUUAAUCCCCCCUCCCUUCUCAAACUGUAGUAGCAAGGUCAAGAAAAACUGAGCACAAUACACAUGUACAUAUUUUUUUUAAAUGAAUAUCAAUCCAAUACCUGUUCUCAUGGAACAAGGCUCUUCGGAUCUACUUUGCUGAUAAUAUUAAGGACACUUUUUUUUUUUUUUUUUGGCAGAAUGACAUUUGCUUGAAGUAUUUUUUUUUCCCCUUCAUUUCUAUUGCUGCUGCUCAUCUUUUGCCUUUUCUGUAUAAUAGUGUGUCUUUGUAAAGUGUAAAUAGUGAAAUUAAAAAGUGUCUAUUUUAGUGUUAAUGAGUACUGGGGGGAAGUCAAGGGUGCAUAUUUAUGGAACCUUGCCCUUGGUUUUCAGUAGCUGAUGAUCAUAGGCUUUGUCUGUGCACUCGUACAAGAGCCAAGUCUGCACUUCCUUAUGCUGCAGUAACCCCUUUCACUUGACAACUGCAAGGUGCUAAACAAAAAACCGUUGUCCUAACAUGCAACAAAUCAAAUAGAUAGGUACUUGUUGCAUGUGGAAAGCUGAUCUAAUGUGUGUGUGUAUUUUUUUUAAUUAGAGAAAAUGUACUCCGUAAAUGCACAGCAAUGACAGAGAAAUGCCAUCUUUAAUUAGAUAAGCAAUAGGCAAAGCUUAUGUAGCAUUUUCCAGAAAUUACAUUUGCUUAGUUGUGAUACAAUUGCUGUUUUGUUUUUUCAAAAUGUACUGAUUGGAGCUUUUUUUAUUUUUUAUUUUUACUUAAGAAUUUAUUUACGAGCGGGUGACUUUUUUUGUUAAGUUUAAUUGUAGAUAUUUAUUAAGUGGGGGAUUUUUUUUUUUUAAAACUUCCUUUUUAUAUUUAUAGCAUUAGCUGGCUUGUUUAUGGUAAAUCAUAGAAAAGGGAUACUGCAUCUAUGUUACCAGAUACUGAUUCCUGUAGCUUACCCUCCCCAGGAAGAUACUGUGUGUGCAGUGAAGCGGUUUGUAUGUUUAAUCUUGCACAAAUCAGAGGGAACCUUGCAGAGAAAAAAGAAAAGAACCCCAAACUGGUUGAACUGCUGGUUGAAUGUAUAAGGCAUUGCUAUUUAAUGGAAUGAUAUAUCAUUUAAAGUAUAAACGGGCUAAAAGAUGCAGCAACAAGCACAGAGAUCUAUAUCAGAUAUCUUCCACCUUGAACAUAUGCAGCGUCCAAAUGGCCACCAUUUAUACAUUUUCUGUUUACCCCAGGCCCGAGCUUAGUGCAGCAGGGUAUCCUAGUGCAAAUUUGCAAUAGAAAUUCUGUUGGCUGGCUGUAUGUUACUGCAAGCAAACAUAACAUUUGAAUGGUCUCCACUGUGCCACUCCACACUUGUGUGUACAUGUGUACACACACACACACACACACACACACACACACACACACACACACACACACACACACACACACACACACACACAGCGAUUCCAUAUUCUUACAUCCUCCUCUAAUGAAGAGGACCUCCGGCAACUUUUACUUUCAUUGUACAUAGUUGUAACCUAUUUCUUUGUUGGUUUCUUUUAAUAUAUAAAUUCAGCUAUAAUGUAAGCUGAUCCCAUGCUGGAAGACUGUAAAGCAUUAGUGGAUGUGUUAGUGCAGUGGUAAAUGUAGCAGAAUGAAGCUCCUUGUAUUCUUUGAGUCCCUUUGGUGUAGCAAUCAGUCGGCAUGUUUCACCAGCUCUUUGCCUGAGGCAUAGCAACAAAGUUGUUGAGCUUCUUGCAUAGCAUUCAAAAGAUUCUGGGUUAGACCAGGCGAGAGGAGCCUUGACAAUAUGACACUAUUCCUUUUAGAUGCCUUUGGUUGCUGUGCUGAAGGAGGGUAUUUUUCCAGCCAACAACUAAGUUUCCCCUUUUUCCUCCAAUUCCCCCCGCCUUCACUUUUAAGGGACAUACUCCCACUUUGAUCUCAUGCCACUCCAGAGACAUAAAGCAUCCAGGGACAUUCUAAUACACCAUCUAAAUUUGGUCUAGGCUAGAGCCACACCUAGUUUGCAUAAAAUAAGCUGCCUUCCUCUCACGCAGAGACAACAGAUCCUGACAUGCAACAUGGUCUGUCGUCCCUGCAAGCUACCCCUCUCUCUUAGGCCAUGUCUAUGCUACAGGGACUCCAGCAGCAUAGCUAUAGCACCACUGCUAUGCCAGCAUAACCCCCUAGUGUAGAUGCAGCCUAUAGUGAGGGAAGGGAUUUUUUCCCCAUUGGUUUAGGAGCAUCACCUCUCCAAGUGAUGGUAGCUAGGUUGAGAGAAGCAUUCUUCUAUCUCCCCUGUCUGCGUAGGGGGAUUAGGUCAGCAUAGUUACAGCACUCAGGCAUGGCUGUUCUACACACCCUUGAGCACCAUCGCUAUAUCAACCGAAGUAUAGACCAGGAGAAUGACUGCUGACUAGGCCAUAUAAGUAUGAACUCUAUUUAACAAUCCCUCGGGCUACUCUCUGGUCAUGUUGGCACAGUGCCAGAGGGAGCUGGCUCCUAUCCUCAUGAACACAAGUGGGAGUAAGGCACCUGCUGAGAGGACUUGCCCAUUUUGUGCAUCCUAGAAGAGGCAAAUUAAAAACUAUGUACCCACUGCAGGGGAAGCAAAGGUUUUCCCUCAGAGGCACACUAUGGUGUGAACAGAACAGUGCUCUAAAAGGAGGGAGGGGACAGGAUUUGGCACAACACUUAAGUUUUACUGUCUUUUGGAAGCGCUUUCUCAUUGCUUUUAGUAAACUAAAAUCUCUAGUUUAUUUCCUCAGUUUCUGUCUCUUGCAGCACUGGGAAUUUUUUUUCUCUCAUGGUAUGACAAACUGUUCAAGGAUUCCCUCCCCUACCAACCAAUCACCUCCAUAGACACACACCCACACCCACACACACCCCGAAAGUUACUACAGAAGGUUUCCUUUGUAUAGAAUAUUUAUUUUGAAGCUCUAUUUUAAUAGUAUUUAUUUUAGAAAGUCUACUAUUGUAAGAGUUCUUCUGUUUGUGAAGAAAAACAAGUUAAAACUGAAUGUACUGAUUUAGAAAUAU